AUGACUGUUGAAGACGAAGUCUAUACGAGGCUCUCAACACUGGCUAAAAGGAUUGCCAGUCUCGACGACGUCAAAGCUCUCUGGACAGACCCAGAACUCACCCCAUCCCUCUGUCUCCCAUGCCCAGGAGAUGGCCCGCCGAUGCUGCCGCAGCUUCUGGUCACUGCUGCCGAGGUCUUCGGCAUCGCACGCUGGCUUGAUGCCAGGUUCAAGCAGUCCUCGACCAGAGCCACUGUAAUGUCGGCGAGCGUGCUCUUGGGCAACUCCAGUGCCUUCCACAAGCAGCUGAAAGGAGAGGAUCUCGACUUUGAUUGCCAGUACCCAGAGUGGCUGCUGGCCAAUGAGUGUGUGGACUGGCUCCACAAGGACCGUAUAUGCCCAGUUGUGACCUACCUCCAGCUCCUCGUCCGGAGGACUUCCCCCCAGGACUGGAUGCACGAUGAGGCGCUGCACUUUGCACGUGACUGGGCAGUGCAGGAGGCAGGUGAGCAGAUGGCCUUUGUGGUCAUGGCUGUGAUGAUGAGCAGACAUGUUGCGAGGAUGCAGCAGCAGCGGCUGGCUGAGGCCUCUGACAGGGCGCACACGAGGUCGAAAUCACACUCGCAUGUAGGUGACAUCUUACACGCCCUGGCCCAUUGGGGCCAUUCGCCCUCCAACUGCACCAAUCUGGGGCAAGCCCAUGGCUACGAUCACAUCCAAGAGUCUUUGUCCGAAUCCUUCACUCUCGAUGACCCAGACAAUGUCUACGUCGUGCAGGAGGCGGUCAAAAGGCUGGAGAAGAUGAGAUUGCUAUAUGCAGAGCUGCUCAGCCAGAACGAUGCCCACACAUGCGCCAUGGCUUCUGCUCGGUCGGCAGCAAGCCAACCAGAAAUCGCGAACGUCCUAAGCGAGCUUGGUGUAGACUCCAUACUCCAAGGGCGCAACGAGCUUGUGGCAGCUAUUCAAUUUUGGAAGGACUUCAUCAUGGGAAAGAUGAAUAUGACGAGACUCAUGGAGAUGAGUCUACAGGCGGUCCCAAAUGGGCAGGCGACUGUCUCAUAA